AUGAGCAAAGCACAUCCACCAGAGUUGAAAAAAUACAUGGAGAAGGUUCUGACAUUGAAGCUCAAUGGUAACCGUAAGGUGACAGGUACCCUACGUGGAUUCGAUCCAUUCAUGAACCUUGUUGUUGAUGACUCAGUUGAAGAGACCAAGACUGGAGAGAAGAGGAAUAUAGGCAUGGUGGUUAUCCGGGGCAACAGUGUAGUUCUUCUGGAGUCGCAGGAACGAGUUUGA